UACCAAUUCUUGUACUACGGCACCUCUGUUCGCCGUCCGCUGAAAGAACUGAGACGAACCCUUCAAGCUACUGGCGUGAAUGUUUCAAGAAUACUUGAUAUUCAGUACCCUGACUCCCGAGUGAUAUCCUUUUUGUUGCACACCGACUUUGUGGUAGAAUUUACAAGUGUUAUGCACAACAAAGGCCGUGGUACCGUACCACUUGAUGACUAUGAUCCUUUGGAUCCAGCCAAGCUCAAAGAUCCCAAAUUUGCCAAUCUCUCUCUGGAAUUACGGUGCCAGAAAGCCCAUGAAAUUCAAAACCUUCGGUGUUUACGUGCCCUCUCUUUUGUCCGCCGCUCUGCUCGUCUCUCCGUUGCUCGUUCUUUUUUGCAUUACGAAAGAAUCAAUCAAAAACAGUUCGAUGCUAUUUUAGCUGAAGAA